GUUUCACAGGUAGAGACACCUGAGGAACAGAAAGGGGUUAAAUUGUUCGUGUCGUGAUCUCACUACGUGAAAACACCCCAAAAAGCAUAACUCUUCGUCAGUUUCGACUGAAAUUCAGUUCUCCAAAAAGAUAAGUAAAUAAAUAACGAAGAAUUAAGAAAGAGCAACGCGAAAUCGAGAAUCUCCACUUGAUCCACAUACGGGAUUUUAGAUCUGAUGUAUUGUGUGAAAACUCUUCAGUAAUCAACAGAACGAGUUGGAGAGAAAAGGAGGUUUUUUCUUGUUUGUUGUUGUUAUAGGAAACUGUAUUAUUGGUUGGGAAUUGGUUUUCUUCAUGAUGUUUGCUAAUUGGGUAGGGGUAUUCCUGCCUUUGUUGGUUGCCUCUUUACUGCCCCUAACGAGGGCACAGGCUCAGAGUUUUGGGGAGGAGUGCUUGUCUAAGUUUACCCCUGGUAAACACGACUUUAUUCUGGAUACGGACGAUUCUGUGAAGGAUGGAGCCACAUUCCUCGCGUCCCCGAAUGUAUCUCACUGGAGGGAGUGCGUGCGGGCCUGUUGCAUGCAACCCAGGUGCAACCUGGCUUUUAUGGAGGAAGCUGACCUUCACUGCUUUCUAUUCGAUUGUCUCCACAAGCAGUCCUAUGUGUGCCGAUUUAUUAAGAAGACGGGAUAUGUUAAUUACAUCUUGAGUUCUGUCUCAAAAGAAUAUCUGGAGGGACACAACUUCAAACCUGAUUCAGAUAAACCUCCAAGUGCAUUGGCUAGUUUGGACCGAGUAGUCCAGCCCCUGGAGACUGUAAUCCUGGCAGGUAUUGAGAGUAAAGAUGAUCACGGCAUCAUCAGCUACAAGUGGGACCUGCUGCAAGGGAACCCCACAGUCCAGUGGCAGAAAACUGAUCUAGAUGACCAGGUGGUUGUGUCCAAUCUGAACGAAGGCACAUACGUUUUCCAGCUGACGGUGACGGACACUGUGGGACAGACGGAUUCUGCGAAUGUCACUAUCCUAGUUCUCACAAAGGAGCAGUCAGCGGAUUACUGCUUGGUUCCUCAUAAGAUUGGCCCAUGUCGAGGUUCAUUCCCUCGGUGGUACUACAAUUCGGAGCUCGGGAAGUGUGAGAAGUUCCUGUUUGGGGGCUGCAAACCAAACCAGAACAAUUAUUUGACAGAGGAAGAUUGUACUGGGGCCUGCCUGGGGCUGAAUGCUGCAUCUAAACAUUCAAGUCGCGGUGUUUUUCCACCAAACAAGUGCAACACCGAGUGCUCCUCCAGCGAAUUCAAGUGUGGGGAUGGCUGCUGUUUGGACAGUGGUCUGGAAUGUGAUGGACAGACUCAGUGCUCUGAUGGGUCUGAUGAGGCUUCUUGCACUAAUAUAAAAAACAAAUUUGGCCGUUUGCUGGAUAUUGACAUUCCAAAGGAGAAAGUUCGUUGCACAGAACCCCCUCUGACUGGUCCAUGUCGUGCCAGCCACCUGCGGUGGUACUAUGACCCGUACAGCACACAGUGUCACCGGUUUACCUUCGGAGGCUGCACUGGGAAUAACAACAACUUCAAGAAUUAUGAGGAGUGCAGUGCUGCCUGUGCAGGAGUGACACAAACAGAUGUGUUUGCCAGGGGACAGUUUGAACGUCAGGACUCUGGUGGCUCCAACUCUGGAGCCAUUGCCGUGGCUGUGCUCCUUGGUGUUUCCAUAGUGAUUGUCCUUGCUGUUCUGGGUUACUGCUGCCUAAAGAAUAGGAAGGCCCAUCUGCGACGUCAGCCCGUGGCUGUCCAUGAUGGCUCCUCCACCCUCUCAACCGCUGAGGACACCCAUAGACUCGUCUACAACUCCACCACCAAGCCCUUGCACUGAGAAGGAAUCUCGCAAACCCAGCAGUCUUUUUGAGAAACAUUUUGGAAAAUAAACAUAGACCAUGAUAUUGUGGCAUUCUUACCACUCACUUCUGGGGGGUGGGGGGGGGUACUUUGUUUUGCUGUAUGUAUUAUACAAGUCCAUAGAAGGCAGAUGAAAUGACAGUAGCAUUUUAAACAUAUCCUAGAUUAAGUUAACGGUACUAAUUUGUUUAAUGUAUCUCCCCUCCACCAGAAACACACAGCAUUAGGGCAGAGAUUGUGAGCCCUUCAGUACAUGCCAGAAUGUUCUGGUCAGUGUUUUAAAAUUUGAAAUAUAUACCUUCUCCACCUCCCCACAGUGACGUCCAGCAACAAGGAGUCUCACGACUUUCAAUCGACUUCUGAAUCCCCUUUGUGACCUUGAGCGAGCCAGAUUAUCUUUUUGAGCUUCAGUUUCACCAUAGCCAUGUUGCCUAGUAGAAACAGGACUCUUCCACUGGAAUUCAAUUGUCUUCCUCUUCUUUGAGCUAUAUUGGCCUUGGACUCCAUCAAUGAGUUGUAAUGUGUAUUACCCUACCCUUCAGACCAUUUUUUAGAGGUGGUGCCUCUCUCAUUACCCAGGGAGCACACUGCAUUUGCUUUUUUUUUUUUUUUUUUUUUUUUUUUUAAUAAUUACACUAUUACAUAUUAUGCAUAUAAAUCAAUAACGAAGGUUUAGAUCCAUUUUAUUUUUUUCUGCUUGAGCAGGAAGGGGAAAAUAUUUUAGCAUAGAGGGUGUUGUCCAACCUCACUGGUGAAUUUUCUUCAAUCGGUGUAUGGACUGUUUGAAUGUGAAGCACUCUUCUUCAUUGAUAGUCUAGACAGACCUUGCACUCUUCCAGUGUACAGUGAUUUCUAAAUAGUAUGAGGCUGUAAAAGGCUUCUAGCAGGUAUCAGUAGAGGAGUGAUGGUCUGUGAAUUGGUUGCUUUAGAAACUUUGUAUUGGCUGUGAUGAUGCAAGAUAUAAAGAGCAUUUCACCUUUACUAGUUUAUAAUACAAGAUUUGUUUUUAAAUUGGCUUUUCCUAAGUAAAUUUCUUAAACAUGAGAUGAUAACUUAGACUGUGUCAUAUUUUAAGGCUUUUUGUGUUUUUUGCAUGUUGCUCAUAAACUUACAUCCUUGGAUGUGGGGUGUACUGCAUACGGCUCUGGGUUCAAUCCACUUCUUACCAAAACGGUGGUACUUGUACAGAGCUCUGAGAAGAAUGCCAAGGAGAUGUUCCUCUGAAAAGGGGGUGGGGGUUACUGUGACCUGGUUUGUAAUGGUUAUGUCCUGUUGCUUUUAAAUUGCUUUCAGUUGAAAAUAUUUUGGAAAUGAUGGCUGCUUCCAGACGAAAAAUGAUAAACCCACAAUCUUGAACUGAUUUCUAAAGGACACAUGAUUUUUUUACUGCCAAUUUAUUAUAUAUAUAUAUAUUAUUUUUUUUUGUUCGUUUUUUUUUUUUUUUUAAAACCCUGAAAGGUAAUGGGUUAUGUUUCUUUUUAUUGAUAAAUAUUGUCAUGGAUGUAUUGUCCUCUACUGUGCCAUGACAAGAAUGCAUUUUUUUGCAACCAAGUUGGAUCAGGCAAUGAACAUAUAAAUGUAUUUUCAAGAAAUCUUUCAGCUGGUGUGAGAGCAGGAAUUUUGGUCUAUAUUAUGUCUCUGUCGUUCAUGUUUAAAUUAAUAUUAAGGAAUUAUUUAAAAAGCAAAAAAAAAAAAAAAACCUUUACAGUAUACCAAGUUAUAAAAUCACUAAGUGACAGAUGGCUUCCUUCAAAUCAGUUAGCAAAUGAUAUUCUAAUGAAAGAAUCACAGUGAAUUCACACUUUUUCACCCCUCCUCUGUCACUCCUGGAUUUCAGCUGAUGGCAUAGCCUUUCGGUGCUUUAAAAACAUUCGAGUUUACCAUUUGGCCAUUUCACGGAUGAAUCUGUAAACUAAUAAUUAGUUUGUAUUUUAUUUUCUAUCAUGUCAUAUAAAGGAGUUUUGUUUUUUUAUUUCCUUAUUUUUUGUCUUCAAAUAGUUUGUUUUUAAGUAUGUACUAUACAUGCAUACCGUUUUACUAUUUAAUUCAAGUUGUGUGUCUUUUAAAAUGUGUGUAAAUGCUGUGUGACAAAACCACUGCAGUGAAGUUGACGUUUAAUAAAUUGGUUUGCAGAUAUUAAAACAUCACUAGACACACACCUUGAUUUACUGUGUGUGUGUGGUGGUGGGGGGUGGGGGGUAAUGUUAAGUGUACAUGGUUCUGUGUCCAGUACAAAUGCUCUUGCAUUGCUGUAAAAUCAAAAAGGAUUACAGAAAAAAACAAUGCUUUUGGAAAUCAGAUUAAAUUGCUCUUUCAUGUACUCUGUAAAAUCGAAUAAACCAAAGUUGAUGUAUGUUUAAAA